AUGAAGCCAAGUAUUAGUAUUCUUUAUUCACUUGCAGUGAGCGCAAACGUUGCAAACGUUAUUGCAGAUGGAUCUAUCUUUGAUAGUUGGACCCAUAGCGAUUUGAAGAGUUAUAUCAAGGAUCAGCAAAGGAGUUUGGAAAAAUUAAGUUCAAAAACUUAUGAAGAGUUGAAGGAAACCUUAUCAGAAGCAUGGCCCGGACAAACUGGCAGUAAAAAACCAUGGUGGCAGUUUUGGCCCAGUCAAAGUUCUGUGACUGGCUCAUCGCAACCAGUUACUGAUUGGUUAUUUGAGACAUGGCCAAUGGAAAGGCUACACGCAUUUCUCAAAAAGAAUGGGAUUCACCCCCAUCCAGGCGCUACUAAAGAUCAGUUGAUCAAGUAUAUAAAAGACCAUUUUUACUCGAUUUCAGAGAAAUUGGAUACUUCUGGAUUCUAUCCAUCUUCAUCCUAUUUCGAACACUGGACAGCAGAUGAUUUCAAAUCUUGGUUACAAGACUUUGAAGUGCCAUUCGAAGAAAAUAAUGAUGAAUUGUUGGACAAAGUGAGGGAAAACAUCUAUCACGUAUCCAAAGCUGCUGAAGAAAAAAGGUUAAACGCUUUGAAGUCGUUGGAUUUGGCAAAUAGAGAACUGCUCGAUUCUGCAGGAGAUAUCAAGAAGGACGUUUUCGAACACUGGUCUGCUGAAGAUCUAAGGAAAUGGUUGAACAGCCAUAAGAUUCCGUACAAUGAUGAUAUCGAAGAAAAGCGCGAUGCGUUAGCGGCUUUAGCUUCGGAUCAAAAGGAAUUACUAAAAGAUGAUAUUCAAUGGUUCUUAGAAGCGGCUCAAAGACAUUCUUCACCAUUUUUGAGUAAGUCUCCUGACUACGUUUGUUCAGUAUGGGAUAAGACUCUUUUGAAUUUAGGAAGUGCUUUCAAUUCUGUUCAAAAUAAAGUUGGGGAUGUGAUCAACGACACUUUCCUAAUUGAUUUGGAUAGUUGGCCAAGAGGUAAAAUUACUGAGUUUCUAGAUGCACGCGGUGUAAGCUACAGUAAAAUUGCAACGAAUGAACAACUGCGUGCAUUGGUAAGAGAGGUCAGAAAUAAGCCAUUGAAAAAGGCACAGGAGAAGUAUGACCAAUUGACCGAUGGUGCAUGGUAUCACAGCCUGAAGAAUUGGGCCCAAAGAAAAUCUGGUGAAGUUCAAGGGAAUGAUUACUACAAAUCAGUUAGUACUAACGCUAAAACUUUGAGUAAAAACACCCAAAGUUGGGCCUCAGGCCUUGGUAAGAAGGUUAAGGAUGAUUUCAAUUCUUGGUCCGUGGAAGAUUUAAAGAAUUAUUUGAAGAAAAUGAGUGGUGGUGCUUCGACUGCCACAAUGUCCAAGGAUGAAUUGGUGAAACUGGUAAGAGAAAAAACUAAUCUGAUGCUAGGAGUACAAGAACAGCCAUGGUAUGAGAGAUGGACCAAUAAUGUUAAGAAUUUAUUUUCGCGUGUACCUGCUGCCUUAGCGGUAAGACAAUAA